UGUAUAUUGUAUUUUAAAACUUGUUUAGAUGUUUUUAAUAAACAAAAUAAUCAUUACAUACAAAAUUACAAGUUCCCACAAAAUUUUUGUCAAUUCAACACAAAAUAAAUACAUUUAAAUACACAGGCCUUUAGAGGUUUGCAAAUGAGUUUAAUCAAUUAAUUUAUAUUCUAAUUGCAAAUGCAAAAAAAAAAAAAAUAACAAUUGUCAAUGAACUAAGAAAUCAAAAAGGCAAAUACAGUAACAAAUCCCCCAAUAAAAUGUUUUCAAAAUUAACAUUUGCAAACAAAAUUUUCAGUAGUAUUUGGAAUGUCACAAAGAAAAGUUACGAAAAUAUUUAUUGUUGAAAAUAAAAGAAAAUGUUUGAAGGAUAUUUAUUAAGUGUUGGAAUCUAUGCUUUAUUUUGCUAUUUGUACGAUAACUUGAAAGCGCCACUGUAUCUAUUGUAUUAUACGUGGAAGCAACGUCAUAUACAACAAGAAAUUUAUUUAAAGGAAAAAUAUGGCAUAUGGGCGGCUGUAACUGGUUCCACCGAUGGCAUUGGUAAAGCCUAUGCUAGAGAAUUGGCUCGCCUGGGAUUUAAUAUUGUUUUAAUAUCAAGAAAUGAAUCGAAAUUAAAAGCAGUAGCUGAAGAGAUUGAAAACCAAUACGGGGUGCAAAUUUGCACCGUGCAAUGUGAUUUUGCCAAAGGCGCAGAAGUAUACAACAAUCUCUUCAAGAAACUUGCAGAAAAUCCUAUAGGAAUUCUAAUUAAUAAUGUGGGCAUUGGCCAUAGUCCUCCUGGUCCCAUAGGCACAUUCUCCCCCGAACAUAUGUGGGAGGUAAUAAAUGUUAAUAUAGGAGCUGCCACUCAGCUAUCAAGACAUUUUAUAAAUAAGUGGCGUAAAGAAAAAGUGAAAGGUCUUAUAGUCAAUAUAUCUUCCGGCAUAGAGCUACAACCCUGUCCCUAUGAAAAGAAAAUGUUUGAAGGAUAUUUAUUAAGUGUUGGAAUCUAUGCUUUAUUUUGCUAUUUGUACGAUAACUUGAAAGCGCCACUGUAUCUAUUGUAUUAUACGUGGAAGCAACGUCAUAUACAACAAGAAAUUUAUUUAAAGGAAAAAUAUGGCAUAUGGGCGGCUGUAACUGGUUCCACCGAUGGCAUUGGUAAAGCCUAUGCUAGAGAAUUGGCUCGCCUGGGAUUUAAUAUUGUUUUAAUAUCAAGAAAUGAAUCGAAAUUAAAAGCAGUAGCUGAAGAGAUUGAAAACCAAUACGGGGUGCAAAUUUGCACCGUGCAAUGUGAUUUUGCCAAAGGCGCAGAAGUAUACAACAAUCUCUUCAAGAAACUUGCAGAAAAUCCUAUAGGAAUUCUAAUUAAUAAUGUGGGCAUUGGCCAUAGUCCUCCUGGUCCCAUAGGCACAUUCUCCCCCGAACAUAUGUGGGAGGUAAUAAAUGUUAAUAUAGGAGCUGCCACUCAGCUAUCAAGACAUUUUAUAAAUAAGUGGCGUAAAGAAAAAGUGAAAGGUCUUAUAGUCAAUAUAUCUUCCGGCAUAGAGCUACAACCCUGUCCCUAUGGUUCUGUAUAUGGAGGCAGUAAGGCGUACAUGCAAAGUUUUACUAAGGCUUUGCAAGAAGAAACCAAAAAUUUGGACAUAACCAUACAAUUGUGUUCACCAAAUUUUGUGGUAACCAAAAUUAAUAGUUAUUCGAAGAAAGUAAUGCUUGGCAAUCUCUUUAUACCACAACCUGAAGAAUAUGCCCGAUGGGCAGUUAGUACAUUGGGAAAAGUUGAUGAAACUACGGGUUAUUUUUGGCAUGGAAUACAGAAUGCUAUUUGGAAGAUUUUACCAUAUCGGUUAAGAACAGCACUGUUUGUGAUUAUUGGCAAAAAACUUAUUGAUAAUCUGGCUGAAAAGGACAAAAACAAGAAAAAACAUAACUAAUUUAAGAAAUACAAAUAAAAGAAAAAUUAUUACUUUUCAUCAUAUUUUGAUAUUAA